AUGCCGCCUCGCCGUCGGGGAGCUUCGGGCUACCGCGACGUCCGCGUGCGUUCGUCCGGCACCUACUCCACCGAGAUUCGGUCGGGCGGCGGCAUGCGCCUCCGCCUCGGAACCUUCGACGCCGCCCAGGAUGGCGCUCGCCCGUACGACGCUACGGAAUGGCGCCUCCGGCGGUCCCGUCAAGACAUGAACUUCCCCGUCGUGGCAACGCGGGAGCGAGCACAGGAGUUGGCGUCUUUCCCGCGGCUUAUCACCGACGAGGAUCGUCGCAAGAACCAGAGGCGGGAGCGCCGUCUCAACCUUGCCGAGAUGGACGAGGAAGCCAUGGCGUUGUGGAGUCACCGCUUCCCGCAAAACAUCAUCAACGAGGAACAGUUCUUCGCCGAGAGGAGAGCGGAGAGGGUGAAGAGGAGGGAGGAGCGAGCCGCCUAUCGAGAGGACAAGCGAACGCGGAAGGCGGUCGCUAAAUACAACAUCGCGCUAGGAGAUGCGUCCUCCUGGGGCUCCAGCGACGAGCGGUUCCUUGACGCCUACGCUCAGACAUCGGAGGAGGACAUCACCGAGGCAGAGUCCGAGUCGGAGAAUGACGAGUAG